CAUAACAUAAGGUACUAUAAAACAGCUAGCAGAUCCAAGGAAGGACCUUAUUAUUCUGAAGUUAAUUUGAGAAUUUGGCCUUAUCUCAUCAAACUCUCAUCAAGAGAAAAUGUCCAAUUCAAGGUUGAAGGGAAAAGUGGCUAUUGUGACGGGUGCAGCCAGUGGUAUAGGCGAAGAAACGACCAGACUAUUUGUGGCCAAUGGAGCUUUCGUGGUGGCGGUUGAUGUCCAAGACGAGCUAGGCCAUCAGGUGGUUCAAUCCAUAGACUCCGAGAGAGUGAGCUAUCACCACUGCGACGUAAGAGACGAGAAGCAAGUCGAAGCCACAGUGAACUACGCCUUAGAAAAGUAUGGCAGCCUCGAUGUUUUGUUCAGCAACGCCGGUAUAAUAGGCCCUCUGACUACAUUUCUGGACCUUGACAUUGACGCCUACGACAACACAAUGGCCACCAACGUACGCGGCGUUGCAGCCACGUUUAAGCACGCGGCUCGGGCCAUGGUCGCCCGUAACAUCCGCGGGUCGCUCAUAUGCACCAGCAGCGUGUCUGCGUCGCUCGGUGGAACAGGGCCGCACGCGUACACGAUCUCGAAGCAUGCGCUGGUGGGGUUGGUCAGAACGGCUUGUAGUGAGCUUGGAGCUUAUGGGAUUAGAGUGAACAGUGUAUCGCCUUUCGGAGUGGGAACACCUCUGGCCUGUAAAGCUUUCCAUCUUGAGCCCCAUGAAGUUGAGGCUAAUAGCUCGGCGGUGGCGAACUUGAAGGGCAUAACUUUGAAGACAAGGCACAUAGCAGAGGCUGUUCUGUAUCUUGCUUCUGAUGAAUCAGCCUAUGUGAGUGGACACAACUUGGUUAUCGAUGGAGGGUUCACUGUGGUUGCUCAAAGUUACUCGACUGUUGUCUGAGACUGCGGCUUUGUUAAAGGUUAUAGAGCUUACAGCCAAGGAGCCAAGGAGCCCAUCUUUUUUUGUGUGGUUUGUUUUGGCAUUUGUCUUGUUUUGUUUUUUUUAAAUUAAAAAAAAGUCAAACAUUGUUACCUGCAGUCGCCAUGUGCAUUUUCCUUGUAAUCUGCAUGAGUGUUAUCAUAUUUGUUUAUGUUUUAAAUCUUAUGAAAGUGAAGCCAUCACCGUCUUGUCUGCCUGACUAGAUAGUCAUUCCUUUUUUUAAUUUUCUUAUGACUUAAAAGAGAUCUGAAAACCCCAAAAUCGAGGUUAAUAAAUGCAGUAUCUGUGUAUUUGUCUAAGAACGAUUUAUAUUGUAAUUAGCACCCGGAACAGAACUGAAC